CACCGGCGGCGACGCUCUGGGCGGCGGCGGCGGGCGCGCGCGAGGAGGAGGCGGAGGCGGCGGGCGUGAGGCGGUAGUGGCGGCGGGGCCGGGCCGGCACCAUGUCGGGCUCGGAGGAGUACUCCUCGGCCGAGGACGAAGACUACGUGCCCUCAGGUGCGGAGUACAGCGAGGACGACGUGAGCGAGCUGGUGCGGGAGGAGGCGGCGGACAGCCCGCGGCCGCCCCGCGGCAGGAGGAGCCCCCGCCGCCCCGCCAGCAGGAAGAGGAAGAAAGGAGGCCUCCUGCUAGAGGCAGAUGAGAAAGAGGAAGAAAAGGCUCAGCAGAAUGAAGAGGAGGAGGAGGAGGAAGUGGAUAAUGUAGAGCAGGUGGAAAGAAACAGAGAAGAAGAAGAAAAAAGGAAAGAGGAUGCUCUUUGGGCCAGUUUCCUUAGUGACGUGGGACAGAAACCCAAAGCGGUGGCUGCCACGCAAGUGACACAAGCUAAGAAGGCUGAAGAAGAGAAGAGUGGGAAAAAACUUCAGGAGAAACCAAAAGAGUCUGAGAAGCCAAAAGAUUCAGGAAAAGUGACAAUCACCAAAGUGUUUGAUUUUGCUGGUGAGGAAGUCAGAGUAACUAAAGAAGUGGACUCGACCUCAAAAGAAGCUAAAUCUUUUCUGAAGCAGCAAGAGAAAUGGCAGUCAGCAGCUCCAGCUUCCCUCCCGACAGUCUCUGGGGUGAAGAGGCCAAGCGGUAUGAGCAGCCUCCUGGGGAAGAUCGGCUCCAAAAAGCAGAAGAUGAGCACACUGGAGAAAUCUAAACUGGACUGGGAGAACUUCAAGGAGGAGGAGGGGAUUGUGGAGGAGCUGGCAAUCCAUAACCGAGGGAAAGACGGGUACAUCGAGAGGAAAGCAUUCCUGGAGCGCGUGGAUCACAGGCAGUUCGAAAUCGAACGCGACAUCAGACUGAGCAGGAUGAAGCCCUGAUGUGCCGGGGGUGGCCGCGGGGGAUCCUGCUCCCUUCUGUGCCUGAGUGCUGGCUGGGGGCUGUCAGCCACCACCGGACCACCAGGCACGGAAACCGUUCUCUACCCAAGACUCAGCCUGUAUGUCUCAACGUACAGGUUUUUCCUUUUACUGUAAUAGUUCGGGGAGGGUGUUUGUCAGUGGGCAGGGGGCACUUUGAGGGUUAAAUGAUCCAGCAUGUGACGGAAGAGACCGACGUGAUUCUGGCAGUCAGCUUUCCAAGUAGAAGAGAUGAUGGCACCCAUCCUUUGCCAACCCCGGGUGCUUCUGGCAGCAGGAGGAACCCCCGAGGCUGGGAGGGUGCUGGAGCCUGGGUUAAGGCUCGGCUGGUGUUACUUGGUUGGGAGAGGAGCUGCAGGAAGGUUUCGUGGCUGCUGUGCGUGCACAAGCUGUGCGAUUUGGGGCUGGAGCCCUUCUCCUCGCUCUGCCAGCCCCGCAGCGCUGCCUGCCCCUCUGCACUGCGCUCCUGCCCGGACAAAGCCGAACUGUCUGUACUUGUUUGUGGGGUCUGAUGAUGCUGGGGGGGUUUUAAGCAAGCCGAUGAAGAAAUCCUUCCUUGUUCACGCUGUCAAGAAGAUGGGAGCAGCUGCAGCAGGCAGGACGGGCCAGGAUCCGAGCAUUCACGUGAAUAAAGUAUUCCAUCCC